UUGGGGAGCCGGAGCCGGAGGAGGCGGCAGCAGCAGCGGCGGCGGCGAUGUCGGUGCAGGUGGCGGUGGCCGCGCCCGCCGUGGAGCUGAAGGAGCUCGGCGGCCCCAUGGACAAGGCGGCGGGGCCGCCGUGCGAGCCCGUGGGCGCUCCCGGCGCGGGGCACGGCGUGGCCGCUGCCGCCUGCCCCGUGCCGGGCGCCGAGCGGGACGCGGCCCCGGCCCCCUCCGCCGAGCGGCCUCCGGGCAGCGGCUGCCCCGGGCUGUCCGCGGCCGCGGGGCUGUCCUCGGCCGCCGCCAAGGCGCCGCAGGCUUCGGCCAUGAAGAGGAGCGACCCGCACCACCCCCAGCACCGGCACCGCGACGGCGGCGGCGACAGCGGCGGCGCCGCGGCCGAGGCGCUCGUGAGCCCCGACGGCACCGUCACCGAGGCGCCGCGCACCGUCAAGAAGAUCCAGUUUGCCGACCAAAAGCAGGAGUUCAACAAGCGCCCGUCCAAGAUCGGCCGCCGCUCCCUGUCCCGCUCCAUCUCGCAGUCCUCCACGGACAGCUACAGCUCAGCUGCCUCCUACACGGACAGCUCCGACGAUGAGACCUCCCCCCGGGACAAGCAGCAGAAGAAUUCCAAAGGCAGCAGCGAUUUCUGCGUGAAGAACAUCAAACAGGCCGAGUUCGGGCGCCGGGAGAUCGAGAUCGCUGAGCAAGAAAUGCCCGCGCUGAUGGCUCUGAGGAAGAGAGCUCAGGGGGAGAAGCCGCUGGCGGGGGCCAAGAUCGUGGGCUGCACACACAUCACGGCCCAGACCGCGGUGCUGAUGGAGACUCUGGGAGCGUUGGGUGCCCAGUGCCGAUGGGCCGCCUGCAACAUCUACUCCACCCUCAACGAAGUGGCUGCUGCCCUCGCUGAGAGUGGUUUCCCUGUCUUUGCCUGGAAGGGAGAGUCUGAGGAUGAUUUCUGGUGGUGCAUCGACCGCUGUGUCAACGUGGAGGGCUGGCAGCCCAACAUGAUCCUGGAUGAUGGGGGAGAUCUCACUCACUGGAUCUACAAGAAAUAUCCCAACAUGUUUAAGAAGAUCAAGGGGAUAGUGGAGGAGAGUGUGACAGGAGUCCACAGGCUGUACCAGCUGUCCAAGGCAGGCAAGCUCUGUGUCCCAGCCAUGAACGUCAACGACUCGGUGACGAAGCAGAAGUUUGACAACCUGUACUGCUGCCGGGAGUCCAUCCUGGACGGCCUUAAGAGGACGACGGACAUGAUGUUUGGAGGGAAGCAGGUGGUGGUUUGUGGCUAUGGGGAGGUUGGGAAGGGCUGCUGUGCUGCUCUGAAGGCCAUGGGCUCCAUCGUGUACGUGACGGAGAUCGACCCCAUCUGUGCCCUCCAGGCCUGCAUGGACGGGUUCCGGCUGGUGAAGCUCAACGAGGUCAUCAGACAGGUCGACAUCGUCAUCACCUGCACGGGGAACAAGAACGUGGUGACCAGGGAGCACCUGGACAGGAUGAAGAACAGCUGCAUCGUGUGCAACAUGGGGCACUCCAACACCGAGAUCGACGUGGCCAGCCUGCGCACGCCCGAGCUCACCUGGGAGAGGGUCAGGUCCCAGGUGGACCAUGUCAUCUGGCCAGAUGGGAAGAGGAUAGUCCUGCUGGCAGAGGGCCGCCUGCUGAACCUGAGCUGCUCCACCGUCCCCACCUUCGUCCUGUCCAUCACGGCCACCACGCAGGCCUUGGCUCUGAUAGAGCUCUACAACGCUCCCGAGGGCCGCUACAAGCAGGACGUGUAUUUGCUGCCUAAAAAAAUGGACGAGUACGUGGCCAGCCUUCACCUGCCGACGUUCGACGCCCACCUGACGGAGCUGACGGACGAGCAGGCCAAGUACCUGGGGCUGAACAAGAACGGACCCUUCAAACCAAACUACUACAGAUAUUGAGUUCCUGUCGCUGGAUCCCCGGGAAUGACGGGGAACAAGCCCCCAAGUCUCUUCUCAACUACUGUACAGGAUGACCCCGCGCAAGCUUCCCACGCUCGAGCCGGGCUUGCUCCGUAGUCACCGUGUGUUUUAGGUUAUUUAUUUAUUAAAUUAGGAUACUGUUCA